CGCGAGCAGCGCGCUUGCGCAGUAGCCGCCGCCGGCCCCCCGCCGCGCCAUGGAUGAGGCGUUCCGCAGGGCGGAGUCGGGCGCUCAGCUACUUGCACGACUUGAGGGCAGGAGUUCUCUGAAGAAUCUUGAACCUCAUCUAUUUGCUGAGGAAGGAUCUCCUGUUCAUGGAGAUGUCAUUGAAUUCCAUGGUCCAGAAGGAACAGGAAAAACAGAAAUGCUCUAUCACCUAGUAGCCCGCUGCAUCAUUCCAAAAACGGGAGGAGGACUGGAAGUGGAAGUCAUGUUCAUUGAUACAGACUACCAUUUUGACAUGCUUCGUCUAGUUACCAUUCUUGAGCACAGGUUGGCACAAAGGACAGAAGAGAUGAUAAAGCAAUGCCUGGGAAGGCUUUUUCUUGUGAGCUGCAGUAGCAGCACUCAGUUACUCCUCACUCUCUACUCUUUAGAAAACAUGUUUUGCACUCACCCCUCUCUCUGCCUUUUGAUUUUAGAUAGCAUAUCAGCUUUUUAUUGGAUAGACAGAAGCAAUGGAGGGGAGAGUCUUAAGUUGCAGGAGAUGAAUCUGAAGAAAUGUGCUAACUCUCUUGAAAAGCUUGUGAGAGAGCAUCACCUAGCCCUCUUUGCAACAACACAGACACUUAUGCAGAAAUCUACAAACUCUGCAGAAAGCUUUUUUCCUUUAAAAAUUCCACAUGAAACUGAUACAGACUAUAGACCUUAUCUUUGUAAAUCAUGGCAGCAAAUGGUAACCCACAGGAUAUUUUUCUCUAAGCAAUGCAAUUCUGGCAACAGCAAAGGUUUUGCAGUCAUUUCUUGCCACCUCAAAAGAAACCAUGUAGUAAAACGUUUGUUUAGUGUUGCAGAAUGUGGAGUUCAGUUUUAACUUCAGUUUGUUUUUUAAGCAUGUAGCAAAUCCUGGUGCUUAAGGCCUGAUUAGGUCUAAGUAGUUUUUAGUACCUUUUAAACUAGUUGGUUGUUGCUGGUUGAUCAAGAAUUUUUGUCCCCAUCUUAAAAUUUAGUGAAUGGCAGGAAAUGGUAAAAGUUUUGUAUUACUGUAGACAUCCAGUCCAAACCGGGCUGGAGGAAUGAUGAAGUUAUGUGUUUGUGCCUAAUACAUAAAGAGAUUAAAUCAAGAAAAUUAUGACCAAAGUCAGCUUAAACUCCUAGUAUCCUUCAGUAAUCUAACCGAUGUGGUAUGCGGCCAAAUGCACUGACUUCAUUUCUGGGUCUUACUGCUUUCCACUCCUCCUCUUCCAAGCUACAGAAAUAGGAGCCUAGUUGUCUGUGGGGGAGACUGCAAGAAGGCGGGUGUUCGCUGUAUAUAAAUAUUGGUCUUGGUUUAUUCCCAGUAGCCUAGGGCACAUGAAAUGCAUUCACGACUUUGCCUAAAGAAGAGGAUUCAUUUUCACAGCCUGGUAAAUAGUGGUAAUCCUGACCAUCCUCCUCCCAGCUCACAGCCUUUCUGUUUGUGUUAGCAUCUGCUUGGAAGAGCAAGGAUUGCAGGUGUUUUGACCCUUGCAAACAUCUGGGUUUGAAGAAUCUACAGCUAUUGCAAAAAUGGACGCCUGAUUUCCAUAACUGAAGGCAAACUAAAGACCCAGCUCUGGGUACCUGUGAGUUAAUGCUGCACGCAGCAAACAGCUUAGUCUUGGAAAAUAAUGAAGUGUGGGUUAUGGGUUGUUUCAGGUCGGGGUGUUUUUUGGUUGCUGGUUUGCUUUUUUAAGAUUUCUGCAGAGACAGAAUUUUCUUCUCUGCCAUCCCUCAUUAUUCCCUCCCACUUCUUUCCCUUCCCCCACUCUCUCUAAGAAAUCCAGGAAUGCCAUGCCUCUGGUCUUUACCAAUAUGUAUUUGCCACAUGUAGAGCAUUUGUGUGCAGGAUUUGGCAUGCAACAUGUUGCAGUUCUGGCAAAGGAGAUUCAGAAUUUAUGGGAAAUGCCCUACAGUUCUGGCAAGGAAUGCCGUAUUAUUUAUUAACCUAGAGUGCCCUUUGAAAGCUUCAAAGUGCUUUACAAGAAAGAAAAUUGCACACAGUACAUUAUUUAAUACAAAAACUUACAUUAGCUUACAAAUUUAAAUUACUCAAACAAGGGGGAAAUAUUUCUCACAGCAAUAUUCGUUCAGUCAUGUUGUACAGCACGUUUUAUAGUUUAGAUUGAACAGAUUAUUAACAAAAAUGCAUAUUAAGAAGUAGUAUCUAGCACAGUAUCUUUUUGAGGAAGAUGCUUAAAAAACUCUAUUGUGAGACAUUUACCUUUUCAUUUCCUGACUUCUGAAGCCAGCUUUUUUCAAGCCGAAUGUCUACCUGGAUUCCCAGCAGUGUGCAGUUUGGCGUGCUUCCCAGACUCCUGUAUAUAGAGCUAGGGGCGUAUAUCUAUACUGCUGUUUAUAAAAUUUGGUAUCUCUGUGAUUUGGCUGGAUUUCUGCAAAGCCGAUGAGUGUCCUACCUCUAACAGCAGCCAGUACCAAAGGUUUUGGGAGGAGUGUGAGAACAAUCCAUUUUCACCGGCACAGCCUCCCGCAGCCUGGGGCUUGGGGAGCUGCUGGCCAGCGCCUGCGGUCAGACCAGUGUUCGAUGGCCACUGAUCAGACCUGCCCUCCGUGAAUUCAUCCAGUCCAUUUUUAACUUAUCCUCUUGGGUCUCACCAUGUCAUUUCGCAAUGAGUUCAGUUUAAUUAGUCUUUCUGUGGGAAAGCUUCCUUUCCCCCCCGCCCCCCUCAUUUUAAACCUGCCAUCUGAUCAUUGUUCAUGCUGUCAGUUCUUUUACUGGGAGGCAUGAGCGAACUUUGCCUUUUCAACAUCUCUCAGAGGUGAUGAUUUUAUAGACUGUCAUUUCAUUUCUGCUUUCUCUUCCAUCAACACCAAUAUUUAUUUUAUUUCAGAACUUGCAUAAGUACCCAUAAACAUGAAAAACACAGCUUAACCAUUCAGCCUAGACUGGACCCAAGUUAGAUGGUUUAAUGUGAGUAGACACUUCCACUGGGAAUUACGGUAAAGGACAUACUUGCAUUUUUUUGUAAAAAAGUGGGAAGAUGCAAGUAGAGCUACAGAACUCUAAAAUGUGAAAAUUAUAGGACUACAUAAUUUCUAGUACCCCCAAAAAAAAAAAAAUCCCCUUUUCUGUCAGAGAAUGCAGUUCCACUGAAGAUUAACUGCUUCGUAAAAUCAUACUUGCAAAGAAAUAUGUUUGAUAAAAAACAAUGGAAAUGUUCUGGCAUUCCUGUCUGGAAAAAAAAGCUUUUAUAUUAAUCACUACGUAGUUUACAUUUUGCAUUGAAUUAUAAAAUAAAUGCCUAAAUUGAAAUGAAGCCAAAGUUCUAAUUGAUCAAAAGGAACACCUCAGGAGAUUUUGAAAUUUCCCAGUUUUAUUUUUACUUUGAAUGCAGACAGAUUUUUUUAAUUCUCUGGUAAUUGUAGUAUUUGUGCUCUGCACAUGUUUUAGAUGCAUAGCAAACCUAGCUUUCAGGGAUGCUGAGCAUCUUCAUCUUCAUCCCUGUAAGUCUGCAGGAGGGAUAGGCAGUAUGCAAUCCGGGAGCGCACUGACCUUAUCCUCUGCCAAAAUUAUGCCAUUUGAAAAAAUGAACCUUUAGGAUACAAAUCUAAAAAAGAUGCAGCGAUAAAGAACCUGGGAAGCAGCAAUUUUGUUUGUACCUUAAUUAACUGUGGGUAUUAAAAAUGGUUUUUACAAUUUUUUUAAUGAACAAUUUUCUCCAUUAAAACUACGUAUAAAAUUGUAGUUGGUGGAGAAUGCAGUUUCUCCUCAGGAGCCAGGAGCAGUAUAUUAAACAUAGCAUUACAUUUAGUAUAUAACAUUAAAUCCAAAGUCUCUCUUUCACCUAGACCAAGUUCCCGCCCGUCUCCAGCCCACUGUCUAACCUGGUGCGACUGGCGCUGCUGCAGCUCAGUCCCCCAGGGAGGAAGCGUGUUUUGGGUUAGCAGGUCUGUGCUGCUGGAAGUCGGCCCUGCCACGAUAAGUGCCACCGUGUAUCGUUAAGUGUGAGGGUAGAACGCGUGUAUUCCUAAACUCUGAUUUAUCCAGGUAUUUCUUACAAAUUAAAACCCUUUCAUGCCGCUGUCAUUGUCCUUUAGCUCAGUGUUGUAUUAGUAAGGCUUUGGUACGCACAGGAACUUUCUACAUUCCUUACAAUUUCUGCUUGUUGCUUCAUAUGCAACAUUGAACUAAAGCAGCAAGCCUGAAAUAAAGAGGAACUAGUUCGCCCUUUUUUCCCCCAUCCUUUUUAUAAUGAGACAGCUUUUUAGCAAAACCACUUUAAGGUGUUUUGCAGGUUUUAUAUUUAUUUUUAAAUAAACUGGUAUUUCUGUGGACACCUGGAAAGAAAAUGUAAUUUUUAUAUUCAGAAAAAAGCUUUUUGUAUUCCUAGACUUUUUAACAGAGCAAAUAAAACACAAGUAACACUUC